AUGACUGAGCCUACAUCCUACUCAUGUGCCAACUGUAAGGAAAAGGGACAUGCCGCAUGGAGCAGGGAAUGCCCCAUAUUCACUCAGAAAUGGGAAUCCCACAAGAAAAGGAACAAUGAGGCCAAGUACAUCUAUUUCCCAACUGAGGACCCACUGACCUGGGAGCCUGUGCCCAAUGCUUACACAGACUGGACAAACACUCCAGCCCCAAAUCUCACUAACCAUUAUCAACCCCCACAGCAGAAUGAGAGAUACCUGCCACCCCAGCAUAACCACCAAGAAUGGCAUACAGUCGGAAACCAUAAACGACAGAACCAACAACGUGAAAACCCCCAAAACCCGAACAACAUCCCACUAGGCCCCAGAUCCCAAAUGCAAAUCUAG